AUGACUCGGCUCUGCUUACCCAGGCCCAAAGCCCUUGAAGACCCAAUGCCAGUUCCUCCCAGGGGCCUGGGUGCUGGGGAGGGGUCGGGUAGUCCAGUGCAUCCAUGUGUGUCCCCCCGUGACCCUAGCCGGGCCCAGCUCCUGGACAGUGUCCUAGGGCUGGGGGCACUGGGACUGACGAUUCGGGCAGUCUUUUCCAUGGCUGGUCCAACUCUGCUGCUGCUGCUGCUACUGGUCAGCUUCCUCGCCUUUGACCUGCUCCAUAGGCCUUCAGGUCCCACCCUGCCACCCAGACUUCUCACAAGGGGCCAGAGUCAGGGGGCCGGCGAGGGCCCAGGACAGCAGGAGGCUGUCCUCCUACCAGCGGGGACAGUCACUGGACAACUCAGCCUCCAGGAUGCACUGCUACUGCUGCUUAUGGGACUGGGACUACUCCUGGGAGCCCGCGGCAUGCCUGCAGCCCUGCUUGGUCUGGCUUUCUGCCUGCAUCCUUGGGCCUGA